AAAGAAGGAGGCAGUGGAUGUAAACGUGGGUUGGAGCUGCGCAGUACGUGUAAAAUCUCCAGAGUCAGGGUAGUCAAGGUAAUCAGAUCUCGAUUGUCAUGGCUGGAAGGUCUUUUAAACGAUCCUUCUCUCAACAUUAAAAUUAUCCACCUAAUUCGUGAUCCUAGAGGGUCAUUAAAGUCAAUAAAAAAACUGAACUGGAAUAGUAAACCUUCCUUCAGAUGCGGCGCCUUAGAAGAUGAUAUGAGACACUAUGACAUCUUACUUAAAAAGUACCCAGCACAAGUGACUAGGUUACGUCUGGAGAAACUGUCUAUUGAGCCUUUCAGCACGGUAAGUAACUUAUACAAGUUUCUGUAUGGUAAUCAAAGUCUUGGCAAAGAAACUGUGCAAUUCCUGAAGGAACACACCGCAGCUCCGGAGGGAAGUGUGUUUCCUGGAGACAACAUGGAGACACGAAGGAACAGUAGCAGGGAGUACCAGGCCUGGCGGUGGAGGAUCCCAAGCCUACUACUGAAGGAGACAGAGGGUGAGCCGGCGUGCCGGGCCGUUAUCACCAGACUGGGACACGCUCUCUUUGGCUCCAUCCACAAUGUCAGAAACGCUACUCUCCCUCUUGACACUACACUAAAACAGAAAUAAAAGUUAAAUUUAGCC